UAUAUUAUAUAUAUAAUAAGGUUUUAAUAUCAGCAAACUAAUAAUAAUAUAAAUUAAAUAAUAAUUUUAAGUAUAAUAUUUGAUAUAAAUUACAAAUGAGAUAUUAAAGCCAUAUCGUCUCCGACGGAACGGAAAAUCUACAUCCGAUAUCGAAUUAAUUAAUGUAGUUGACACGUCGUUAGGCCGAUUUAAGCCUAACUUAUAAGGCAACGACUCUGUAUAUAAUCCACAGGAUCGUACCUAACCUUAAAGAGAAUAGCCCCUCAAUAAGACCUUCCCCACGAACUUUUCAACGUAUGUAACAACAUUUUUAAACAUCCCGGUUUAGCUUGCGUCAGUUCCUUAACUUUUAUUUCGAAACCUUUUAAUUUAACCAGACAUCCGUCAUGUCAAACCCUUUGUUGCGCACUCUGCGCAUAUCACAGCCAUCCCUCCCCUCUUUAUCCCGUAUAUCUACCAAACGCUUUGCAUCAACUACUAACGAAACACCCACAAUUCUAACCCGCUCGAGGAAUAUCCUCUUUGGAACCUCGAUAGCUCUCACCCUUGGAUUUGGCUACUUGUAUAUCACCGAUACCCGAGCUAGCGUCCACCAAUGGCUUGUCGUCCCCGCAUUACGUGCUAUAUAUUCCGAUGCCGAAGAAGCUCACCAUAUGGGCACCAAAGCUCUCAAAACUCUCUACUCGUUCGGUUUCCACCCUCGCGAUCGCAGCUUCAGAAAUGGUAAUACAGAUAAAGCGGAUUUGAGCGUGGAAGUAUGGGAGCAUAAAUUACAAAACCCAAUUGGUACAUCUGCGGGACUUGACAAAUUGGCAGAGGUUCCAGAUGCUUUGUUCGCUAUGGGUCCUGCGAUUGUUGAGGUUGGCGGAUGUACACCACUUGCUCAGGAUGGAAAUCCAAAACCAAGAGUUUUCCGUAUACCUAGUCAAAAUGCGUUGAUUAAUCGAUAUGGUCUUAAUUCGAAGGGUGCGGAUGAUAUGGCUAUGCGAUUGAGGGAACGGGUUCGGUUAUAUGCAUAUCAGAAUGGGCUAGGUGUGGGUGAAGACGCCGAAAAGAUGGUUUUGAAUGGAGAAGCUGGUGUUCCUCCGGGAAGUUUAUUAGAUGGGAAAUUAUUGGCGGUUCAGGUUGCCAAAAAUAAGGAUACAAAUGGUGAUGAUAUCGAGGCUGUUAAAAGAGACUAUGUUUACUGUGUGGAGAGAUUGGCUCCAUAUGCCGAUAUCUUGGUAGUCAAUGUUAGCAGCCCGAAUACACCUGGAUUGAGGACAUUACAGAAGGUUGAGCCAUUAUCCCGAAUCUUGGAAGGUGUGGUUGGAGCUGCCAAAUCUGUAGAUAGGAAAACGAAGCCUAGGGUCAUGGUAAAAGUAUCACCCGAUGAGGAUCAAGAUGAACAGCUUGAGGGCAUCGUCGAAGCUAUAUGGCGAAGUGGUGUGGAUGGUGUGAUCGUGGGCAAUACUACAAACCGAAGGGACAAGCUCAUCCCCGACGAUAUCAAAAUUUCUGCCAGAGAACGCAGAGUUCUCGAAGAACAAGGAGGAUUUUCUGGACCACCAAUGUUCACUAGAACAUUAUCUUUGGUAAAGAGAUAUCGAGCUUUACUUGACCGAGGACCACCACAAGAUACCAUUGCUAAAUCAAAUGACAGCGGUCUUGUCUCCACUAUUGCUGAAAAGGCAAAACCCCUCACAGGAGAUAACGAGUCGAAGGGUCAUGGUCAAAAAGUGAUUUUUGCUACUGGUGGAAUCACGAAUGGAAAGCAAGCUCUAGAGAUCUUGAAUGCAGGCGCAAAUGUAGCUCAGGUUUACACAGCAUUGUAAGUUUUCUCUACUUCAUGAUCCCUUUAUACAAUUGAAGUAUAGUGUUUUUAUAAAUUUAUACUAAUUUUUUCAAAAGGGUAUACGGAGGGGCUGGAACAAUAACUCGUAUAAAAACUGAGAUUAGUAACGAGAUUUCAAAAAGUAAAUAAAGUUAAUAAAAUAAUAAUACUUUUAUAUAUAUAUUUAUAAUAAAUAAAGAUAAUAUAUAUAUAUAUAUAUAUUUAAACUUGAAUAAAAAAAUACUUGAAUUAUUAUGAUAAAAUAUAUUUUAUAUAUUUU